CUCACCGCCAUUCAAACGUCCCAAACCCUAGAAAUCGAUCUUCUUCAACCUCUCGAUCUCUCGCAAUCUUCGUCAAAACUUGUAACCAGAAUCCCAGCUCCGGAACUCCAAAUUCAGCUGUUUCUCGACAACUUUCCCCGCAAUAAUGCUGAGAGUCGGUGCGAAGAAGCUCGCGGGACUGGUUCCGCGGGACCCUUCGUCGGGGCCGGUCCGGGUGUUGCCGCGGCUGUACCACGAGAGGGUAUUGGACCACUACAACAACCCCCGGAACGUCGGGUCGUUCGACAAGACCGACCCGACGGUCGGGACGGGGCUGGUUGGCGCGCCGGCGUGCGGCGACGUGAUGAAGCUGCAGAUCAAGGUCGAUGAGGCCGGGAAGAUCGUGGAUGCUCGUUUCAAGACCUUCGGCUGUGGGUCCGCCAUUGCGUCUUCCUCUGUCGCGACUGAAUGGGUGAAAGGGAAGCAGAUGGAGGAAGUCUUAACCAUUAAAAACACGGAAAUUGCAAAGCACCUCUCUCUUCCACCUGUUAAGUUGCACUGCAGCAUGCUUGCUGAGGACGCAAUAAAGGCAGCCGUAAAAGAUUAUCAAGCUAAACAUGCUAAGUUGAAUGGAAGCAGCGAUAGUGCUGAGGAUGCACCUCUUGAGAAGGCGGCUGAUGCCUGAAGCUGCCCGUGAAAUGAUGAUGAUACCUCUGAGAAGGAGGCUGAUGCCUGAAGCUGUCCAUAUAUGAUGAUGAUAACGGUCUAUAAAAAAAUCGUAUGUUGUGGCUUGAAGUUGUAAUAAUGGACAUGGAAAAUGUAAAGAAUACUUUUGCGUAGUACCUUCCAAGAACAGCAGCCUUCGUUGUUCGUAUACAUCAGGUAUCACAAUUUCUUGGCUCCUUGGUUGCGGA